AUGGGUGUGCGGAUGGCAUUGCGAUUGCUCCCUUUCCUCUUCAUCGGCGGUGCGUCCAGCUGUGCUCGUCUGCUGAGCUGCCAGCACUACGAUGCAGGCGACCAAGCUCUGGGCGAGGAUGCAUUUCUCACGCUGCUGCCGCAUCUCACGUGCCGAGAUGGUGGGUGGCAAGCCACAGUAGCAGCGAGUGUUGGAUGGAUAUCGAUUUUCGGCUACGUCAUCAUUAUUCCGGGCUUCUUGCUGUAUCUGAUGAGCAAGCAGAAGAGCGCGAUUGCACCAAGCAAGCGGUCAAUAGCCACCGCAGAGCUGGGACAAGACAUGGCGGUUGUGAGACUGCACGCAUUCCAGGCGCACGACGACGGCACUGAGCCAGACUCUCUCGAGAAGGAGCCAAGAAUGAAGCACUUACUGGCUGCGGCAGUGGCGCACAGUGCCGUUUACUUCAGAGGGACCGUGUCGUUUCGGCUGCAGGAGAAUCGGAUGAUGCCGCCCGGUGUGCGAUUUGUCACG